GGUUCAAAAAAUGUGAUUAAAUUAAAUUAAAUUCCUAUGCAUAUAGAAUAUAUGAAUGUAUGUACUUAUUUUCCUAACAUGACUAAGUGGGACUUUGGGUGUUUUGGUCCAAAACGAGUCCAAGUGGUGUUAGAAAAGUUUAGUGUUUGAUUUUUCAUAACAAAAUGAUUUUAUUUCUUAUUUUAUUUAUUGACUUUAAGUGAUUUUUUAAACCAUUUAUUAUUAUUUGUUGUGAAUUUCUUCCAAUAAAAUUUUGAUCGUAAUAAUAAUCCCACAGUAACAACGAAACACUAUAUGACAUUUAGGCUAUGUCAAAUGUCAAUGUCAGUCAAAUAAUUAGUAAACAUCAAUACAUGAUUAACAGUUUUUUCCACAGUUAUUACAAAAAAUACCUGGUUAACAAUGAUAUUUUAUAGAAAAAGAACACUGUAUUUUAUAGUACUAAUUAUAUUAGGUUCAGUGACUUUUACAACGCAAAUUGAUGUGGAGGAGGAAGCAGAGGUAACUAAAGAUCCAGAUUUCGAAGAAUUUGAACCCGACGUACCGAAUGUCGACGAAUCUGAAUCACUUUUGUCGAACGUCGUUUCUGAUGUCGACAAAACACUAAUCAACAUUUACAACCAUGUUACAUCUGCUAAUGUGACCGCGGAGAACAAAACACAGAUAGCCAACGAGACGAGGAAGCUUGUAAAAUGCAAAGAGAUAACAUAUGAUGAGCAAAACCCAGAAAUUGAACCUAUAGUUGAAAUUAUAAAUGGUAGCAGUUUAUCCAAGCUUUUGCAAGUCAAACCUGACAUUACCAGUCGUGAUAUUGAAGCAGAUUGCGUUUUAGUCCUAUUCUAUGCCAGAGCUUGUCCAUUUAGUGCCCAUGCUGCACCACAUUUCAAUGCAUUAGCUCGGUCAUAUCCGAAUGUGAAAAUGGUAGCAUUAGAUGCAUUACGAUAUCAUGGAAUCAAUGCACAAUAUGGUAUUGUUGGUGUUCCUACUCUGAAGAUGUUCCACAAUGGCCGACCAGUUGGAAAAUUCAAUGGGACUGAGUAUAACAUUCACUCUUUCAGUAAAUUUGUUCAUGCAAUCACAGGACAGCAUCCGCAAGUCCUUUUGGUCACAUCUAAAGACUUUCAAGGACCUGUUUCGAGUGUAGUUGAGAAGGAGACUGAUUAUUUCCUAGUCCUGUCAUGGUUGUUUAUCAUAAUAUGUUCAGUGUAUUACUUCAUGCAGUCAAAAUGGUGGCGUAUGAUUGUGGAGAUGGUACAAAAUAACUGGCGGGAAUCGGAGGCUCAACAUGAGCAUAAUGAUUAAUUUAUGUUUAAGUGGAAUAAAUGUUGUUUUUUUUUUAAUGGUGA